CCUUUCUUCCUUUCCUCCAUCAUCAGCGAGAAUGAAGACCAUUCUCAGCAACCAGACCGUCAACAUUCCAGACAACGUCGAGGUGUCCCAGAAAGGGUGCACAGUGGUCGUGAAGGGACCCCGCGGAGCUCUGUUCAGAGAAUUCAACCACAUCAACCUUGAGUUGAGUCUCCUCGGCAAUAAGCAAAAGAGGCUUCGUGUUGACAAAUGGUGGGGUAACAGAAAGGAGCUUGCUACAGUUCGGACCAUCUGCAGUCAUGUUCAGAACAUGAUCAAGGGAGUCACGUUUGGCUUCCGUUACAAGAUGAGGUCUGUGUAUGCUCAUUUCCCCAUCAAUGCGGUCGUCCAGGAAACUGGGUCUCUGGUGGAAAUCAGGAAUUUCUUGGGAGAAAAUCACAUCCGUAGAGUACACAUGAGGCCGGGUGUGACCUGUAAUGUUUCCCAGGCACUGAAAGACUACUUGUACCACCUCUCCGUUUUCUUUGAACAUUUAAUUUGCAGUCCUUUUACUGUUUUUUUUUUUUGUUAAAUUUAGUUAAAUGCC